AUGAGUUCUGGAGUACAGAAUAAAAAACGAUUUAGAGAAGGAGAAUGUUGUACGGAACAAACGAAAAUGUUGAGCUGCGCUUUAGCCGCUAUGGAAAAUAUGAAGAAAAUGUUUGCGACUGCAUAUUCUAAUGUAAUCGAUCCGUCGGAUGAAAAGCCAACUGGUCCUUGUUUAAUGAACGCCAAGUGCCGUAUUCCUAAAGGAUGUCCUUUUCGUGGCACAGGUUUGCUGCCAAACAAUAUGCGACAAUUCUGCAACUACAAUUUCAACGUAGAUCACAAACCAAUGCUUCCUGAUCCUGCCAGUAUGCAACUUAAACCAGGUGAAGUUGGACUGAGAGGCGAUCGAGCAACAUUUCAUAUGGGCUAUAAACCUCGACAAUCUUUUCAAAUUGUAGACGGGAAACCUGCUGGAGCUGUUUACUAUAAUUUGCCGGCCGUUGAUAAAAAUCGAGCUCGGAAACAUGUAGUACAAGUUUUGCCAGCUUUACCAGGGAAUUCGAUGGCUUUAGUCGGCCCCGUUACGGGAUUACCAAUUACCGACGAUGAAGAUGUAUUUGUGUUGCGUAUGGGUAAACGUUAUGAAGAACCAGACGAGAAAGCAAAAAUACAAGUUGAAGUGCGUCUGCCUAAAAAAAAAAAUGAACAAUUACCGCCACAAGUACAAGAAACUCAGUAUUUAGUAGCCGAUUUAGGAGUUACGGAGGAAAAAUCACAGAAAGGCAGUAAAAAAGGGUCAAAGAAAAAGAGCAAAAAAAAAGGUGAAAUUAUUUUGGACAUGAAUUUUAACAAGCCAUAA